AUGUCAACCUAUUUUCCUGAAGAAAUUGUGCUGAAUAUUCUCACCCUCCUGCCUCCAAAAACCCUACUCCGAUUCAGGUGCGUUAGCCGAAGCUGGUGUACUCUCAUCGGAAAUCCUGAUUUCUUUACCCAAAACAUCCUUAACCGAUCCAUUCUCCGAUUCUCCGAUCGUCCUUCUCCUCUCCUUCUCGCCCAAGCCAAUGGAGGAUCAUACGGUUAUUUCAAGAAGGAUUUUUACUUCCUCUCUGACCAGACCCUGGAGUGCCAAUCUCAAAUUAUUCUCAAUGGAGGAAUACUUUUCUUUCGAUUUACGCUUGUGGCGUCCUGUAAUGGUUUACUCUGUCUUUCCGACUACACUCUCAACACAAUCUAUCUGUGGAACCCCGCUACGUCAGACACUCCCAAGUCUCUCCCGCUCCACCCGCGCCGGCAGGUUGGGUUACAGCGAGACACCGUCGGAUUCGGUUUCGACCGGAGAUCCAACGACUUCAAGGUGCUGACGAUUAGUCAUGUUCGUAGCUGUCGCAACACUUGUUUCUUCUUCAAUCAUCCAGUUCACUUCCAACCGGAAGUAUUUAGCCUGAGCACCGGGACGUGGAGACUGCUUGACCUACGCGUGCCGUUUGAGCAAACUCACCUCCGGCGGCACUUUCAGCCAUUUCUAAACUUUCCCACCACUGCGGCGGAUGGGAUUUUUUUCUGGUGGGAGGUGGCGGAUCGAAGCUCUUAUAAUCAUAAAUAUAAGGAGAAAAUUGUUUCCUUCGACUUCAACCACGAGUUGUUCCGAACAACGCCACUCCCGGACGGUGCAGAUUUCAGAUAUUACUCCUGCGUUAAUUUCACGGUGCUAAAUGGGUCCGUCACCAUUAUGGGUUUCCCGUUUGAGAUGAUGACAAGCAGAAGCAGCAGCGGAUUGGUGAUAUGGGUUUUGUUUGAAUUUGGUGUGAAGGAGUCGUGGACUAAACUCAUGAAUCUUCGGCUUUCAAUAGAAAAUCCGGGAAGGCCAUUGGGUUUGUGGAAAAACAGAGAGUUGAUUAUACAGAAUGCGAAGGGGCAGCUGAUUUUGUACGAUCUUUUAACCCACUCAAAGAAGGAAGUUGUUUCAACUCAUCGGAACAGCCUACCAUUACCGGUUUUUCCUUUACAAGCUUUGCCCUUCAGGUGUUCGAACUCUAUGAGGCGGGGAAGGAUUGAGUUGGAGUGA